CACUCGCUCACUCACGCUCACCACUUCGUGACUGACGCGCACAGCACAAACAGCCUGCCGUGCUUGUCCUUCCACCCAGGUGCUGCUUUCCUUUUCAGCCCCCUCAUCACACCUCGCCUGCUCAUCGCCCCAUCGCGGUCAUUAGCCAAGCCCCGCACGACGCGAUGACGAGAGUAGAGGCAGGUAGUGCGACCACAGCUGAUGCUGGACCCAGCUCCAUGAAGCUUUCCAACGCAUCGGCAGCAGCAUCGGCAGCAAGCACGCCUUCUACGCCUCGAGAGCACACGCAAGCCACCUUUCGACCUCUGCUCAAGUCCCUCGUCCUCUCGCUCGGUGCUCCUGCCUCUGCUGGUGCGGCUGCUGCCGCUUCCGCAUCUCCGUCAGCCAACGGCGCUCCCUCUACCGCCUCUUCUUCCGCGCAUGCACGCCCCGCACCGCCCCGCCCUGGUCGAGAUGAGGUGGAGGAAAUCCUGUCGCACUUGAGCGACGUGUCUUUCACCGCCAAUGCCGAGAACCACGCCAUGCUGGGCGCCGCUUUGACAGCGCUCAGGAUAUCAGGGCUGGACUGCCAAGCAUCCACGCUGGCUGAUGCCGCCAGGCUCUUUCUCUGUCGAGCGGUGGAUUUGGGGAGCAGCGUGGAUCGCGUCGUUGAUAGGGAGCAGCAAGGAGCAGAGUACGAUGGCUAUGUAGACUUGGUGGGCACAGGAGGCGAUGGACAGGACACUUUCAACGUAUCCACCACCGCUGCCAUCGUCGCUGCAGGCGUGCCUGGUGUCCGCGUAGCAAAACACGGCGCACGCGCUUCAUCUUCGACGUCAGGCUCAGCAGAUUUGCUCAUCUCGCUCGGCAUCCCCUUGACGAGCCUCUCUCCGUCUCAGCUCGGUCCGCUGCUACCCCGACUCUCCUUCAGCUUCCUCUUUGCGCCGCUCUAUCACCCCUCUUUGGGUCCACUGGCAAGCAUUCGGCGCUCCUUGGGCUUCCCGACCCUCUUCAAUGUUUUGGGCCCUCUCAUCAAUCCCGUCAAGCCCAGAAGGUGCAUCCUCGGCGUCCAUUCACCUCACCUUGGCAACGUCUUUGCUGAAGCGCUGAGGGAAAGAGGGACGGAGCGAGCUUGGGUCGUGUGCGGAAGAGAAGGACUCGACGAGAUCAGUCCAGAGGGCGAGACCGAUGUAUGGGAGUUGCGCCACAAGGAAAUCAAGCACUUUGUCAUCUCCCCAGCUUCCUUUGGGCUGCCUUCACAUCCGCUCAAGCACGUCAACUCGCACAGCGCUGCGGAGAAUGCAGCCAUCGUGCUGAAGAUGCUGCGGAGCAGCAAAGAGGCGAGAGAGGAUGUGACGCAGUCGGAGGAGCUGCUGCUGCUGCCGCCCUCGGAACCUCUGUCUUGCGCUCUCGAGCUUUCUGCAGUCGAGACUGCUCCCGUCCAGGGACUGCCCGCCAUUCCUGCCGGCACACGUCUGAAGGCGGUGGAGGAUUACACGCUGCUUCAAGCUUCCGCAUUGCUGUACGUGGCCGGACGCGCUGAUGAUCUCGGCAGCUGCGUCGGUUUGGCUAGGCAAAGCAUCGAGACUGGAGCAGCUAGGCUGGCGCUGGAUCAGUUCCGCCAAGAGGCUUCGCGAGCGAUUGCGAGGGAUGAUGAUGCUCAUGCGCAGCAGACAUUUCGCGCGCAUAGCUCUACGACGACCGCUUCCGACGCAGCACACGAUGCCCAUCCGCAAAAAGUCACGAGCAGCGAGCUUGCUCGAGAUGCUUCUUCAUCUGCGAGCCGACAGGCUCCCAGCAGCAGCAACAAGCAGCAGGAUGCGAGCGGUGCUGACAGCGCUACGAGACGAAGGGUGGACGAAUACUCUUAUGCGCCCGAGCGAACGGCCGACGCCAGCGUCGGCACGGAUGACUAGCGUGUGUACAGUUGGUACGCUUCCGUAGAAAAUGUGGCACGCUUUGAUAGCCAUCUAGCGUUGGGACGCGGGCACGCAGUGUGAGAUGAGGCGCAUAUGUGUUCAUUGCGACGGGCAGAGGUAUAAAGAUCAAGCUCGAGCAUGAUUAACAGGGGAG